ACAAAGGAAUAAUCUAACAUAACAUGAUCAACAUGGGAGGAAGCUCAGAAUCUACAGGGAGGAGGAGUGAUAAGCUCUUAUCAUGGAGAAGGUGCUCCAGGGCAGUUAAGGAGCAGCGGACUCGGUUUUACAUCAUCUGGAGAUGCACAGUGAUUCUUCUGCGCUGGGACGAGUGAUAUUCAAGGGUGAGAUGGAAUUUUGUGUUGCUUGGUUGCAUAAUUUAUACGCCUGCUGUGUUGCUUUCUAGGAAUUUUAGUUUGGGAACGGUAUAUGUAUGCAAGCAAGCCAAUAUGCAGGGGGUAGUUGACAGGCAGAAGGUUUGCCGGGGCAGUGUAAAUUGUCAAGUUUUGUAAGAUAGGUUUUACAUUUUUGCUUAAUCCCUUGUCUCCGUCUGGGUGUGAUCAUGUCCAAUUCUGUAAGAUGAAAAAUUUUGUGAAUAGAUGAUAUGAAUUGUC